CGCAGCCCGGCGCGCCGCGGGGCGGGCAGCGGCGCCCCGGGCGGGCGCUGAGCGGCUCCCGAGGCCGGGGCUCAGGGCGGGCUGCGGGCGGCCGGGCCGGAGGCGCCCGCGUCCCUUCGCAGCAUGUCGGGCGCGCGCUGCCAGACGCUGUACCCCUUCUCCGGGGAGCGGCACCGCCAGGGGCUCCGCUUCGCCGCGGGGGAGCUGAUCACGGUGCUGCAGGUGCCGGACGGCGGCUGGUGGGAAGGGCAGAAGGAGGACGGGCUGCGCGGCUGGUUCCCGGCGAGCUACGUGCAGCUGCUGGAGCAGAAACCCAGAAAGGCAACUCCUCAGCCAGGAGAAGAUGCUUUGAACUGCCAUCUUCCCCCCGGCUGGCAGAGCUAUAUGUCUCCCCAGGGCCGCAGAUACUACGUGAACACCUUCACGAAUGAGACAACCUGGGAGCGGCCAAGCAGCGUGCCUGGGACUCCAAAGAGCCCUGGGACACAGAAGAGCCCUGCAGUGAAUGGCUACCACAUCUCUGGGACCCCAGUACAUCAGCUGGACUCCAGUCAUAUGAGCCUCCGAAAAACCAGUGGGGACCCCCAGAGCCCGGGGUCCCCGGCCGCGCCGCGGAGGCAGAGCAAGGAGAGCAGCCUGACGAUAAACUGUGUGACCUUCCCCCACCCUGACGUAAUGCCAGAGCAGCAGUUGCUGAAACCUUCAGAAUGGAGCUACUGUGAUUAUUUCUGGGCUGAUAAGAAGGAUUCACAAGGGAACAAUACAGUAUCAGGAUUUGAAAUUCUUCUUCAAAAGCAACUUAAAGGGAAACAGAUGCAGAAAGAAAUGGCAGAGUUUGUUCGAGAAAGAAUAAAGAUUGAGGAAGAGUAUGCUAAGAACCUGUCCAAACUUUCUCAAAACUCCUUGGCUGCUCAAGAAGAAGGAACACUGGGAGAGGCUUGGGGUCAACUAAAGAAGAGUCUAGCUGAUGAAGCAGAGGUUCAUCUCAAAUUUUCUUCUAAGCUUCAGAGUGAGGUAGAGAAACCCCUGCUCAACUUUAGAGAGAACUUUAAGAAAGACAUGAAAAAGUGUGACCAUCAUAUUGCAGACUUACGGAAACAUCUGGCCAGCCGCUACGCAGCAGUCGAAAAGGCCCGGAAAGCCUUGACGGAGAGGCAGAAGGAUCUGGAAAUGAAAACUCAGCAACUAGAGGUGAAGCUCAGCAACAAGACAGAAGAAGAAAUUAAAAAGGCCAGAAGGAAGUCUACCCAGGCAGGAGAUGACCUGAUGCGCUGUGUGGAUCUUUACAAUCAAGCCCAGUCCAAGUGGUUUGAGGAAAUGGUGACCACCACUCUGGAGCUUGAGAGACUAGAAGUAGAAAGGGUGGAGAUGAUUCGGCAGCAUCUUUGCCAGUAUACACAGCUGCGGCAUGAGACAGACAUGUUCAACCAAAGCACAGUAGAGCUUGUGGAUCAGUUGCUUCGGAAAGUGGAUCCUGCCAAAGACAGAGAACUGUGGGUAAAAGAACACAAAACUGGAGAUAUCCGACCUGUGGACAUGGAAAUAUAGACUGAUCUAUAGUUAUAUGUGAUGGGUCCACUGAAUUAACCAGGCUAAUUUUUUUUUUUUUAAAAGAGUCAGAAGAGCACAGAGAGAAGGUUUUUCCACUACCAGACACCUUGUAAUUUAUGCCUGCACGGGCUAUCUCUGUAACAUUUAGUCAUUAAAAUGGUCCUCAUUGUGCUAAGCCUUAAGCACCAAACAUUCCAGGGUUAAGAAACCAGAUGUGUACUUCCCACCAGAGGUUCCCAAUUGCAUGCAGCUUCUAGAAGAAAUCUGCUUUCUGGUACAGAGAGCUCUGUUCUUCAGUGACUUUGUGCUACAACCCUUGCAUGAUUCUCUUUAUAUGGUAUGUUAGAACAACCAUGCAAUGAGCCUCUGGCUAGCAAGUAGAUAACCAUUUGAACAUGAUGCAGGAAGCAAGGAAGUCAUGAAUCUCGGGUCUGUCACUGACUGCUUACGUGGCCAUAGGCACAUCAAUUAACUUUUCUGGCUCACCAUCUAUAAUAAACACACUUCUCACAUCAGUGUUGUGAGGAUACAUUUAUUUCAUAUAAUACAGUUUCCCACGAUGACAGUGAAAAGAUGGCCCUUUUCCCAAAACAGAAAAUAAGGCAAAAAGCAACGGAGAAGACUGACGCCCUUCCAGUUUUAUACUCCCUCUCAGGGAUACAUAAACCCAUUAGCAUCAUCAUUUUUGUCCUAGGCCAAUAGAUAAUAAGGUUGAAAGUGUUAUCAGCAUUAUUUAUGGGAAAAGACUUGGUUGUGCUAUACCUACCUCAUUAGCUGUCUGAGUGCCCUCAAUGGCAGGAAGAGGUUAUUUACCACAAAAUAAAUGAGAUGUUCAAAACCUUUCCUGCUUAUGCAGGAUAUUUUCCCACAGUAUUUCCUUAAAGACAAUUUUCUUACAUUUUGUUUGGGAUCAAGGUUUAAAUUGGCCUUUGUUGGUUCCUUCAGGUGAAUAAUCACAGCCUUUAGAUGCCCUUAAUUACGAAGUCACUGCUAAGUUCUUGUCCAGCUAAACUGUGAGUUUUAAUCUUUUUAGAGCUUGAUUUUCAAAGGUGCCAUGUAUCCAUGAUUCUAGAUUGCUUCAAAUGUAGAUACAGGUGUCUUUUGCACAAUCAGCCUCUUAACCUCAGAGUUUUCCUUUGUUACCGUUGCUACAAACUACCAAAUAUUCACCACUGCUCUUGGCUCAUAAUGUUAUGUAGUUUGGAGACUGGUUUUGCAAAGCCGUUCGAUUUCUUCUCCCACUGUUAUUUGUUAUUUAUUGUUGAGUGUUGCUGUUAAUAUAUUUUCAGCAUUUCAAACAGUGGCAAGAUUCUCAAGAUUCUUGCUUUAGAUUCAGCAGAAACCUUGAUUCUCACCACUGUGGCCUUUACUCAGUGUUUGCUAUUUUGUCUACAGUUUUCCAAACUGUAUUAUUUGAUUUGAUCCACAGUCAUGCUGCACUUCAUCUCAUUAUUAAUAUAUAUUUUUUUCCUUGGCACUGAAUUGCUGCUUUCUUUUAUUCUACUAUUCUAUGUUUUUAUUCACAAAUCUCAAAGAGCUCUGUUCAGAUGAUUCAGCAUUAAUUCCCUUUACAAAUCCCCUUUACAAAUACAAGCUGAGACACAGAGAAGCAUUAUCUGAAACAUAUUCUAAAUAUUGCUGCAGUGAUUAUUUUUUCUGGCUUGUCACUUCAAACUGAUUUUCAUUACAUUCUCCUCUUGUUCCCUCUUAUGCAACCAUUUCUUUGCCAAUAUAGAUUAAUGGAAAGAAAACUCACCAAAAAUCUCUGAUGUUCCAAAUCAUUCUGUUCCUGAAAGCAUUUCCUCAGCACCCUUCUCUGCUGUGUUGCAAACCUUUAUCAGACAUUGGCAGAUGCAGUAUCAUGAGCACUGCAUGUUCAGGAUCGUGUCACUAUGCCCUGGUGUUCCUGAUGUUUUUGACCUGACACAUACCAUAUUACAUUUCAGUGAUAUAUUUUUGAAUUUGUGACUAUAAUUUUAUUCUCUGUGUGGGAAGCAUCCAGCACACUAGAACCUGAAUCUCUCCUAAGCACCUGCAAAGACCUUUGCAAUACAAAUAAAAUAUGAUUCGUCUAAGCACCACUGAGUCUUUGAGCUCUGUUAGACUAAAAAGUUUCUUGGACUCCUCUUCUACUUCUCAAACAGGGCAAUUUUGUGCUGAUCUGCCUUUUGCAGUCUUACUAUUCAGUCACUCUCUGUCCUUAGUACUGCAAAUAAAUGUUUUGGCAUACUGAUGUGUAUUUUUGCCAUCUCUACCAUGCACUUUGGAGGACAGGCACUCUUUCCCCCACCCUGCCCCGGCCAAAAAAAAAAAACAACCAAACAAACAUCAAUAUCCAAAAACUACUGGAGUAGUUAAGAGCUGAAGUCCCACAUGACCCCUGUAUUCUCAGAUGUAUUGUAAUUGAAAUGAGCAGUCUUGAGAACACCUCACUACGUUUUUGAACUCUUGAUUGCAGAACCAAGCCAGCUGUGCACUUUAUACAGUAUUCUACUUAAUAGUUAUCUGAAAUAAUUCUGUCGUCAAUUACAUUUAUUUCUUCUUUUUUCGUAGAUAUUUGUUAUUUUAUCUGUUUUGAACUGGAAAUACUGUCCAUUAGCACAUAUAUCUCUCAGGACUGCUUUUAAGCUGCUCUCAAUUCUUGUUUGUAGUUUCUGGUGGUUUGGAUUUUUUCUACAUAUUUCCAGACAGUUUUGCUCCAACUACUUCUCAUUUUUGGUUCAUUUGAAAUGUUACAAGAAUGAGUGAGUUGCAUAGAGCCAUAAUUCUCUUGACAGAAGCUAUAUCUUUUUUCAUAUCAGUAAUCUAAGGAGAUCACUUGUACCUAACUUUUGUUUACUGAUGGUUAGUCUUUACCGAGCAGAGCAAACUCUCACGUGGAACUACUGUACAACAGGUGAAUUACUUCUUAUCUGUAAUCGGUGGAAGUAUUGGAAGUUUUGUUGUUGGUAUUAGAUGAUUUCCAGCUUAUUUCUGGCAAAUGGAAACCCCUUGUGAUAUCACGCUACAGUUAUUUGGGAUCAGUGUUACUUGGCCUAUUCCCUUCUCUAAUGGAUCCUCUAAUGGACUGUGAACACUAUGAUGUCUUAUAAGUUAGGGAAGGCUCAAAACCAUGUGCCUCUGAAUGGACAGCAACUUUAAAGUAGGCAGUGGCAUCUUUGAAAUGGAGGAUGGACCCCCACUCUCUUUUUCUCAUUCCUAAGAAAGUGACACUAAGAAUUGUAACAUUCAUGCAUUCAUCAUCCACUGAUGAUGCAAAAAUACAGUCAUACCCACUCUUUUCUCAUACAUUAACUCAUCCUAAACAGCUUCUCUCCCAGACCGACAUCAGGCUUCGUAUUAUGUUACAAUAGCUAAUAUCUAAAAAGUAUGAUGAUGUUUUAAUGUAAAUAAUUAAUAGGAAUUACAGAAUAAAGGACUGAAUAGGUAUUGAGCUCAGGGAUCAAGUUGUUUUGUCCAGCAGAUGGUCCACAUAUCUGGUGGUAGUUUUUAAUGUUUUAGACAUCUACUGGUCUGUCUUUGUUGUUUGACAUACCUACCUUAAAUCUUCGUAUGGCGCUCAAGUCAUAGACCAGAAGGCAAGCUUUUGAUUCGUAUCAUUUGUUUUCACAUAAAGAAGUACGAUAGUGGGAAUUUGCCUUUGAUUCUCAUCUAAUAGUUCUGCUUGCUCUGGUCUUUGUUGAAACUGCUGUGUUUCAGAAGGCCGCCUUUGUUGUGUAGCUCACUCUCUGUCUAAACAGUAUUGUGGCAACUUGUCUCACCCUGUCAAGCCUCGUUCUCCAGUGAUCUCUGAUUCAGCCAGAGCUUUCUACCAUUGCAUAAGCUAGAGGGCUUCAUGAUUUCCAGCUGCUUUGAAUUGUUUUGGUGUCCUGACUCAGGUGCCAGAACAGGUGAGUUAUUAAGCAACUGUAACCUCACCUACCAUACAGAGUGAGAACAUGCUAUUCAUCUUCCAUAGCAGCCUGCCUGCUAUCUUCUAGGCCACCUUCUGACACAGUUUACUUAAUGGAAAGUCCUCCUUUGAAGUCUUUCUCCAAGGUUUUCUUUCAGCUUUUUUUCCUAACAAAGUUAAUUCUGGAUCCAAUGAUGUUAGCUGUUUCCUAAAUGAAUUCCCAGAUGAACUGAAAGUGAGUCCUUUACCACAGGGGCCAAAUGCACUCUUCUUCCAUGACUGGCAAGAUUCCAGUUGCUUUCAUAGAAGAACUUCUAAAAAGGCCUAAUUUUCAGGUUCCCAACCUACUUCAGGUUCACUCACUUCCAUGACCCACAUUUGUUGGUCACUUCUUCAUCUAGAACUUCUUUUGAAAAUCUUCAAGUGUUCCAUUCUGGGAAUGCUAUUGCUUACUUGAUACUGGGGUCUUUAGAGAUUACAUUUAAAAUUGGAGGAAAAAAAGUAUAAAAAAGUCAAAACAGCAAUGAAAUGAUAUAUGGAAAUCCUUAUUCUGUCUCUGGCGUACUUUUCCCUUUCUGUAGCCCUGCUUGGGCCGCUGAGGGGUAGCUGUACUCCCACCUGUUGCACAGUUAUAGUAAGCAUUGAAAUUGUUCUUCCUUUCAUGGAUAAUAGGUGGCAUGCAAGCUUGUUCUCCGGUUCUCUUUGUGCUUUAUUCAUCUGUGCAAUUUCAUUCUGCAGAAUGAGCUGCUUUUCGUUUACCUCAUAGCCACACACUGUAAUGCCAGUUUGUGUACCUGUGUUUUGACAGCGAUCUGCAUUCAAAUCACCCUUUUUUUUGUUUGGUUUGUUUUUUUGGUUUUUUUUUUCUUCGUAGCAGGAAUUUUCUGUAAAGCAUUCACAGGAAGCUGGUAAAUGCUCAUUAGCAGUUGUUAUUGCUCAGACCUUCUCAGAACAUCUUUAAACUCAUCCCUGUUAUUUAAGGCAUUAUUUAAAUAGUUGCUGCAAGUUAGACUCGUUAGUCUUUAAAUAGGAACUUACACUGUUCUUUUGGCCUGCUCUCUAGAAGUGCUCAGCGCUCAGAUUUUGAGGAAGUCAAUAUGGAGUUUGUCGGUGAUAAGACACUUUGAAAAUCAGGCUAUAUGAUUGCAUGAACCUCUUUUUUCCUUAGGCUUCAAGUAUGUGUAAAAGGUAAACUUUAAGAAACAAAAACCUCAAACACUUGAACGUGUAAGAGCUAGUGACAGACACUGUGUCAGGCUAUGUCAGGAACGCAGGUCUAGAGCAAGGGCCUGCUGGUCUCGUUCUCAUGCCAGCUGUCAGAAUCCACCUCCCAAGGCAAGUGAAAAAGUGCCUCUGCCCAUGUGUUUAUUCAAUUGCACGCAGGGAGAAAAAGAGUACUGCUUACACAGCUGGGCCUUUCUCUAUCAAGCACCUUAGAAAUACAAACCAGCACCUUGAUGGCCCCCUUGCACCCCCCCGCCCCGGACUGGGUCAGUGUAACUGUGUGGUGUGAUCAGUCUAUUGCUCCAUUCUGAACAGAAAAAAAAUGUAUUUUGCACAAGAGCAGACUGCCGGGUCUUUUCCGGGAGAUGAGAGUCAGAUCUGUUGUCUAGAGGCAAUCCUUUACGUGCUCGGAUUUCCGUUUUGCAAGAACGCUUCUUCAAAGGACAGUAUUAAAAGAGAAGUUUUCAAGAUAAUAAGCUUUCCUGAUCACUGAGCUUUGUGGAAUGUAUACAGGCUUCUUGCUUCACAGCAUGUGUUGAAAUAGAUGGAGAAAGAGGUCUCAGAGGUAGCAUUAUCCAAAGCAUUGCUACGAAUAAUUCUUGCUGUAUGGGCAUUCUUUCUGUACUAAUAAGUGAUAGGGAAUGGCUGACCGGUGGCCUAGCUCCUUUGCACUGUGGAGUCAUAUGAGGCUUUGCACAGGAGCCUGCUGGUCACAUUUAAUAUAACUAGGCAGAUAAUAGUCAUAGGCAGAUUCAAGUCAAAAACAAGCACAUAGGGCAGUAAAAUGUUUAACUGUCCCAGUCAGGUCUGAGCUUCUUGACAGCAGACACUUGCCUUUCUCAGAGCCCUAACACAUCCCAGUAACAGGCUCAGCAAUGUCUGGAUUUUCCUUAGCACAGGACAAUCAGUGACAAAAUGACCCCUUGUAUCUGUUCCUUGAUACAGGGCUUGUUGGUUAGCACCUGGUCACGACAGCUGAUUUGUGGCAACACCACGUUGAUACCUAAAGAAUGAUUUUUGGCACUUGGCGUUGUUGUGAUGUCCUGCACCAUUGCACUGAACUGACCCUAAGUUAAGGAGAGAUGUAUCAAGCCUGGCUUGUAGGCAUUUUCCAAGAGUUUGGAGCACGCAAUACUUCUGUUGCAUAAUGGUGAUGUAUUCUUUCACAUCAUUAAGUCCUUGACUUUUCUGGAGGACUACUGUAUAAAUAAUAUUCAUCACUUUGUUUUCUAGUAGAUCUUAUUCAUAUAAAUAUGAAGCAUUCAAUUCUGAUUUUUUCUCUUCACUGUUACUGUAGCCACGCUUCCAUCAGUGAUCUACACUAGUUUUCAAGACCUUUUCUUUAAUUUUGAAUUUUCAUAGAACAUCUCUGUUGCUUUAAUGUGCUGACCAAAUUUCAUGCUUUUGGGUAUUUUCUGAGAGUGACGAGUGCUUGUUUUUUAGAGAUUUUUUUUUCUAUUUUUACUCUUUUCUUGCCAGCCACUGAGUUUGAAAGUGCAGUGACUCCUUUUUGUGCUAUUCACAGUUUAUUCUUUCUUCCUGGAGAUUUUUUUUCUGAAGGGACCAACACAUAGCACAAUUUGACUUAAAUUUCUAAUCCCAUGCAUUCCUCAGGCAGAAAGUUUUUGUGUCUAACUAAGCAUCUGAUUCUAACAAUCAUGCACUGAUAAAAACUGUCAGACUUAUAACAGUUACAUUUUAGGUCAAUAGCAUAAUAAUUGCAGGAAAAAAUAUUUACAUAAAUUUGAAAUAUUCCAAUUUAAUGCCUUCAACUUACAUUAAGUUGAACUAUUUUUAGAUAUAACGUAAGAUACAAACUCAGUGGAAUUUCAGAACAAAAGCAUUUCAGCUUCUGUAUUCAGGUUCAGUGAGCAGAUAACACUAUAAUUUUGAAUACGUACAGUCUUUCAGGGCCAUUGUUUCACAAAUAACUGAAUAAUGGCUUGAACUGCAACUCUACUAAAAUUCAGCUAGCAGUUGCCCCUAAAGUGCCUCUUUAAAUUGUACCUCAUACAACCAUAUAAAAUACAUUGAUUCACCCUAUAAAUUUCCAAAACUCAGGAGCAGCCAGUAUGCACAGAUCUCACAAGAUUCUCAACACUCCUUCCUUGCUCUGCACUGUGCAGUGUUUUAGGGCAAUCACAUAUCAAGCAAACCUGCCUUUAUUUCACUGAUCAUUUACUGUCGAGCACAGGCAUCAUAAAUUCUCCGUGCUGAAAAUGGAGUAGGAAAUGUUAAGAAUGUUAGAUUUAAAAGCAACUGCAUUAAAGGACAGUUGCUAACCUAAUCUUCUGACAUCCUUCAGUACAGGGGUCUCUGCAGAAUAGGCAAGGAAUUUCACAUAAAAAUAGUUGAGUAAAGGGCAUCUUGGAUGUAAGUAGUGCUAUUUUUUAAAAAACAAACCUUGACUCUUCUCUUUGAAGCAGUUGCUUGAAACAAAUUUUCUGGUACUGGAAGUGUAAAGCUGAUUAGUGCUUCUGGGGAUCUCAUAUCUGCAUGACAUGACAAUCCAGCCAUUUAAAUUUGGGAAUGUUUGGCCUGAAAUCUCUUGUUCCUUUGGAGUUUUUGAGGUGAUGGCUGAGCCUAAGAAAUUUUCAUGUCCAUUUACCAUUCUGUUACUCAAACAGGGGAAGAAGACUCUUUAGGGACAGCAAUGUCUGUCAUUAUGAAAAAAGCAGGUACUAGUACUGGACAAAUGGUUUCUCAUCCUCCUUAAAUAGUUUCCUUUCUUUCAGCAGUCCAAGACAGAGUGAAAAAUCCAAUUCUAAAAGCAGGGAUUCAAAGGCAGGCCUGAUCAGUAGUCAUAUACUAAGAGUUUUCUACUAAAAUGAAGUUGCCUAUUUGGUCCUUUUUGUGUAACUUUUGCUAAAUGCUUUCCAAGUUUUUAGGAAAGUUGUCUUUUGCCAGUACUAAUGACUUCUUUAUAAAGAUGUUUAACCAAAAUUUUAUAUCUUCCCAUAAAUUUUGGCUGAAUAGACCCCUUAAAUAGUUUAUGUAUCAUGCAACCUCUGUCUGGGUAACUAGUAAAUAUUGGAUCAUUGUGCAAAUUAUGGUAUGGCUUUUGUUCAGUAAAGAUAUAUGAAGGAAUCACUUACUGAAGAAGCUGAAUGCAGAAAAGAUUUAAGGGGCAGAUCUUCAGCUUGGGUAAACUGGCAAAGUUUCAUGGAAGCUAAUUUGUCAGCUGUGGAUCUCGUCCUUCAAUGUUGAAGGCAUUUGCUAUACAUAAUUUUUCUGUCUUAGUGUAAAGCAAUUUCAUAUGGUUAAACUGUAUUUUCCUAUAUUGUUCUUCAAAUUCCUGUGCACCACAGUGCUCAUCUCAUCUCCUGUAAAAUAAACUGUACAGAGACA